AUGUUCAACAACCGCCGCGUGCUGACCGCCAAAGCCGCGCUCGAGCCGAGGCUGCGGUGCACAGAGGUGGACGAGAACGGCGAGGUCAUCUUGGUGGAUGGUGAGUUCAAGAAGACGGAGCUCAUUGCAAAGUACGGCCUGCUACCCCGCGACUUGCGAAAGAUUGACUCGUCAAAUCUCCCUCACAUCUUUGUCCGCCAGUCCGCCAUCCUCCUCAACCUCCUCCACCUCAAAGUCCUCAUCAAAAAGGACCGCGUCCUCCUCUUCGACGUCUACGGCUCAAAGACGUCGUACCCGCAGUCCGCCUUCAUGUACGACCUGCAGGGCAAGCUGAAGCAAAAGAACGCCCAGGGCGGCGGCGGCAACGGCGUCGGCGGCCUCCCCUACGAGUUCCGCGCCCUCGAGGCCGUCCUCACCUCCGUCACGUCGGAGCUCGAGGCCGACUUCGAGUCCGUCCGGGACCCCGUCAUCCGCGUCCUCAGCGAGCUCGAGCACGAUAUCGACCGCCACAAGCUGCGCGUCCUCCUCAUCCUCUCCAAGCGCGUGAGCACCUUUGAGCAAAAGGCUAAGCUGGUCCGCGACGCCAUUGAGGAGCUGCUCGAGGCCGACGACGAUCUGGCCGCCAUGUACCUCACCGAGAAGGCCCACGACCUCUACCGCGGCGUCGACGACCAUACCGAGGUGGAGUUGCUGCUGGAAUCGUACAAUAAGCUCUGCGAUGAAAUCGUUCAGGAGGCUCAGAACUUGGUGUCUGGCAUCCGCAACACCGAGGAGAUCAUACGCGCAAUCUUAGACGCCAACCGCAACGCUCUCAUGCUCCUAGACCUUCGCUUCAGCGUCGGCACCCUAGGCCUAGCAAUGGGAACCUUCCUCGCGGGCCUCUACGGCAUGAACCUCGAAAACUUCAUCGAGGAGACUAACUGGGGCUUCGCCGGCGUCACAAUCACCUCGACAAUCUGCUCCCUCAUCGUCUGCUGGUACGGCCUUGUCAAGCUCCGCAAGGUCCAGCGCGUCAAAAUGAUGUUUGACGAGCGCGGACCCUUGACGCGCAACACUCGCUCCUUAUUGUCGUCGUCUUCUUCGUCUUCUUCCUCGACAUCGUCGCAAGCCCAGCAGCAGGCUGUCAGCCAACAGCAUUGGUUCCAGGAUGACGGGCCGGGGAGCCAGCUGGAUGCGAGGAACCGCGAAAAGAUUCGGCGCGUGACGAAUCAAAAGGCUGCUGCGGCGGCGAAUGCCAAGAGCACGACCAAGAAAUGGUUCCAGUGA